UAUGCACGAAAACUUGCGGGCGAUGAUGAGAAAGCUUGAUGAUUUUUUCAAGUGGCUUCAGUUCACUGAUGUAGGCCUUGUUUCUUCACAGACUUUGUGCAUUGUAUCAUUUUAGCCUUGCUUCAAUUUUGCCUCCGUCCCCUUCAUAAAUUAAGCACUUGUGAAUUUCAGAUUCAUUAUCAAUUUUUUUUUUUAUUUUUUUACUCGGCAGAAGGGAUAGUUAAUUUUUUUUUUUUGCUCGGCAGAAGGGAUAGUGAUUGGGGUCUCAAUUAUGCAUGGCAUUAAGCUUCCAAAAACGAGAUUUUGUUUGGUGAUCUUCCUCAUUGUUUCGACUGGAAUCGCUUGUGUGGUUGGAAUAUAUUUACUGCAGCGCUUUCCCGCAGCAAAGUCGACUCUCCGCUUCGUAAGCAUCAUUCAUCGGCAUGGAGAGCGAUCUCCGAUGAAUAACUAUCCGAAUGAUCCGUAUAAAGGAGAAUCGUUUUGGCCGGAGGGGCUCCACGUUUUGGUGCAGAGAGGAAAAGAGAGCAUGUUUGAAUUGGGACGCUUCUUGCGUCACAGAUACGAUGGGUUCCUCUCGGAGAUUUACAGGCCGUCUGAACUUUCGGUCGUUUCAAGUGACUUAGACCGGUGCAUAAUGAGCGCAAAUCUUGUACUUGCAGGAUUGUAUCCUCCCGUUAAAUUUCAAAAUUGGAAUCCCGAUCUGCCAUGGCAACCAGUGCCGGUGCAUACCCUUCCGGAUGACUGCGAUAAUAUGAUCCAGUUCACCAAACGAUGCGACUUGUAUUCGGAAGAAAAAACAAAAGCAGAUGCUUUCAUCCAAAUGUCACUCGAUGAUGAAAAGGAGAUGCUGGAUUAUUUUUCAAGAGCAACAGGCCGAAACUUAACAACGAAUGUUGACGUUACGCAGCUUUACGAUAAUCUUCUAAUUGUGGAAUUACAUGGCAUGCCGCUACCAGAAUGGGCUCAAGGCGCUAAUCUUGGUCGACUGAAAAACUUCUUUGACCGCGACUGCAUACUGUACUUCCUAACACCGGAGAUGAUACACCUUCGGUCAGGUGUUAUGCUGAAUGAAAUGUUGGUUAACAUGAAGAGGAAAAUAGAUGCCAAGAUUUUGGAACGGCGGUUCAAUCUGUACUCAGCCCACGAUACAACGAUAGCCAGCAUCUGGCGGGGCAUGAAUAUAAGCCGAGAAAUUAAAGAGCAACCUCAGUUCGGAGCUGCUCUCAUCCUGGAACUACACGAAAUCAGGAGCGAAUAUUAUGUAAAGAUUUUGUACAAAGAGAGUAGCGCUGUCGAAACUCUUUCAGUUUUGAAGACAGGUGGUUGCGAGGAGGACCAACCCUCAGAGGAAGAUGGAAUGUGCGCUUUCAGCACAUUUUCAGCUGCUCUGGAACCGGCAACCAUCGCAGACUUCGAAAAGGCGUGUCGAAUAACGAGUUGACACGGGCACUUUUUCUUCUAAACAGAAAAAUACGUAGUUUCUCCUCUUCAUCCAGCUCCACGGCCGUCGGGAGUCAAGAUUGGACUGUCCGCUCUUACACUCACAUCCUGCUGCCAUAAAAAGAUGUUCUCUCGAAGAGCUCUCACCAAGAAGGUUCGGUACAGCUUUCGACCGAAAGCCCAUUAACUCGUGGGUAUUUUUGUCUAGUUUGAUCAUCACCUGUCAAGAGGAUAUAAAAAAAGAAAAAAAAGCGUUCUCAUGACAUUAUGAUUUCUAGGUGACGAUGGAAAGAAAAGUCGCACCCAGCAGCCGAGGGGAAGAAAAUAUGGAUUUCAAGGGUAGUAUAGUAUAUGCAUUUAUACAUAUUAGAGGCGCCCUGACAUUGCAGGCCAUUAACAAAGUUCGGCGGAAAAAGUGCGUAAUGAGCUAUUAACGUACGAAAAAACGUGUUAGGCGCCAUCCCCAGGGGACCUCGGGGAUGCACUGUUUCGCAGGUGUAGAAAGAGCGAAGACAAGAUAGCUUUCAAUUUAUCAAAGGAUCACCAAUUCCAUUAUCUGUCCGAUUGAAUGCAUUGGACACUCAAAGACAAGAACACCGACACCUUUACAGUCCGAAAAAGUCUCCUAAAAGAAUUUUCUUUGCCUUCAGGAAGUAUUCCAAUCUAAAGUUUGUCAACGUCAAAAAACGAAAAAUUUAUACGAAACAUUGCUAUACGGUAAGGGUGGAUUUCUUAUGAAAAUCUUAUCUUAGGAAACUGCUGAUGUAAGUUCAUUAAGAAAAUAAAGACUAAGAUGCUUUAA